AUGGACUUCAAACCAGACACUGCACCUCCACCUCCACCCCCUCCUCAGCCCGCACAGCCAGCGACCUUCCCUCAAGCCACCAGUCCUCCAGCAGUUCCGCCGUCCGGCUCCCCAGGUGCAUUUCUAGUCGAGCUACUGAUCUACAACGGCGCCCCAUUCAAAGACCACUGGGCGUACUGGGUCCGCUCUCACCAGAACCCAGACCUUGGUGUCCGCAUGCACGCCGCCGGCGACGUGAUGAACGGUUUUCAGUUUGAGAUCGAGCGGGCUCAUGAUCUCCGAGAAACUGGUAAUGUCCCAACGAAGAGGAUUCCGCUGCAGUGGGUCAGCGGAGAGUUCUUCGUCGAGAAGGAUAUGCUUAAAUCGGACGGAGACAAAGACAAAGUUGAUCAGACCCCGAGUUGCGACUUUGAAGCUAGUGCGCACAAGAUUGAGGUCCCGGAGAAGAGUUUGAGGACUGUUGAUGAUACGGUUACUUCGACGCCUAGCAAGCUCAUCCAAAGGAACUGCCAGACGUGGAUUGUCGAAUCGGCCGACCAACUUGUGAAAGACCGGAUUUUCGGCAGUGAGGUUGCUGCUUAUCUUCACUCCAUCAAGCAGGAAGUAUAA